CCAAAAAAUUACACAACUAAAGAAAUGAAAUAAUAGUCGUUAAUUAUAAAGACGCUAAUCAACAUGGUGACGGCGAUCGUUAAUAUAACGGUAUUAUUUUUAACAUUCGCAUUAUUAUGUAGUGGCAAUAUAACCACUUAUCAAGAAACUACCAAUAACAAUUUACGCACCACAUCUCAAUUUAUAAAAGAAAAUUGCAUUUGCUUAACGCCAUGGCGAUGUGAAUGUUGCGCAAAAUUGGAUAAUAAUUUAUUAAAUAUUCAUCAGAAAAUAUGCGCUGAUUGGAUAAUUUCGACAAAAUCUUGGGAUAUACGUGCUAAUGUUCGUUUAAAUGGGAAUACGUUAUAUACGAACACAUUUUUCGCCGCGAAUAUACCAGCAUUUUGUGUACCCAUUUGGCCAGCACUGGCCUUAACGGGAUGUCUGCAAAUUCAUAGCAUCGAUCAUCACGAUUACAACACAUUACAUGGCUGUGCAAAUGCUACUCUAAAUUUUAUUAACUUGAAAUUGAUCGAUUGGCCUAUCGGUUGUAUGGACAUUGGUAUCGAUGGUGUACAAUUUGUUGACGCAGAUCAUAAUGUAUUUAAUACAACCCAGAAACCACCGGAAAUUGAAUUGGAAACGAGUGAUUUAUUGGAACAACAGACACCAACAAAAACUACAGUAACCGUUGAUACGAAUGAAAAGUUUUAAAAUCAAAGCAAUUUAAAUAUUAAACAAGUAAGAACACUAUAGUCGGCCAAUGUCGACUAUCAAAUACCCUAUACCACUUCGCCUACUACAGUUACUCGCUUGUUUUUGUAUGAAAUUACUGCUAUGGGUCAAUUUCCAUUACCACAUAUUAAAAUUUAAAUCAAUUUUCCUGAAAAUUCUUAUUAGGGUAGGAUGCAAACAAUAGACCGAGAUGGUUCAAAUUUAGUAUACUUCAUUUUUUUUAUGUUCGAUUAGUGUUAUCAUAUAAUUUUCAUCAUGAAGCAUUAAAAAUUAUACCCUUUUGUUGUAUGAACUUCAGUUUUCGUUAUAUGAGAGGAGAUUCCUCAAAAACAGCUCCAACCCGUCCAAAGUUUUGACACCCAUUUAGAAUACCGAAAUGCUCCAACUUAGGCAAUUCUUUUCAUAUAACGACUUUUUAAAUAGGGUGCUAGGUUAGG